CCUACGCAGCCCCAGAACCGCGAUCGGGGAGCGCAGCUCGGCCGGGACCCCUCCCCAGGCCCGCAGAGAGGAACCCGGCACGGCAGAGCCCCCAUGGCCCCGCUGGGCGAGGAGACGCCGCUGCUGGGCGGGCGCUCCUGCAGCCUGUCCUCGGCCGGGCGCGGCCCGCUGCAGGUGCUGCUGUACCACCGCGCCCCCUCCCCUCGCCACGGCCCCGCCAGCGCCGCGGGCUCGCUCAGCUUCCCCUGCGGCGAGUACACGGCCGAGGAGCUGUGCGUGAGGGCGGCCAAAGCCUGCGGCGUGCUGCCCGUGUGCCACCCUCUCUUCGCCCUGGCCACCGAGGACCUGAGCUGCUGGUUCCCCCCCAGCCACGUGUUCAGGGUGGAUGAGUCCUGCAGCCAGCUGCUGGUGUACAGGAUCAGGUUCUUCUUCUCCAACUGGUGCGGACUGGGACAGUCCCACCGCUUCCAGCUGCUCCCUGACCGCGCCAGCCCCGUCCUGGAUUACCCUGUCAUCGAUUACCUGUUCGCCCAGUCCCGCAGCGAUUUCAUCGCGGGCCGCGUGGCCGUGGGGCUGAGCCUGCCCACGCAGGAGCAGUGCCUGGGCCUGGCCGUGCUGGACAUGCUGCGCAUCGCCAAGGAGCAGCGGCAGAGCCCCGCCCAGGUCUGCAGCCGCGUCAGUUACAAGUCGUGCCUGCCGGAGCCGCUGCGGGCGCAGAUCCAGCAGCACAACUUCGUGACCCGCAAGCGCCUGCGGCGCCUCUUCGGCAAAUCGCUGCGGCUCCUGGGCGGCUGCCACGCCGACGGGCCGCACCUGAAGCUCAAAUACCUGCUGGACCUGGAGCGGCUCCGGCGCCGCCGCAGCGAGGAGAUUUUCCACGUGCGCUCGCCCGGGUCGCCGGCGCCCGUCGCGAUCCACGUGUGCGGCGACAGCGGCGUGGCCUGGAGCUGCGGCGGCUCCGAGAGCCGCCAGCAUUUCUGCGACUUCCCCGACAUCGCCGAUAUCAGCGUCAAGCAGGCGGCGGGCGGCGCGGCGGAGAACCGGCUGGUCACCGUGACCAAGGCGGAUAACCGGGUGCUGGAGGUGGAGUUCCCCACGCUGCGGGACGCUCGGUCCUUCGUGGCUCUGCUCGAUGGCUACUACCGGCUGACGGCGGAUCCCCAGCACUACUUCUGCAAGGAGGUGGCGCCUCCGCGGCUGCUGGAGGAGCUGGAGAACCAGUGCCACGGGCCCAUCAGCGCCGAGUUCGCGGUGAACAAGCUGGAGGCGGCCGGGGGAGCCCCGGGGCUGUUCCUGCUGCGCCGCAGCCCGCAGGACUUCGACAGUUACCUGCUGACCGUGUGCGUCCAGACCCGUUCGGGCCGGGAUUACAAGCGGUGCCGGAUCCGGAGGGAUGAGGACGGGUGUCUGCGGCUGUCGGGGGUGGCGCGGAGGUUCUGCAGCCUGCGGGAGCUGCUGGGCACCUACGGGCGGCGGGGGCUGCAGGCUGAGGGGGCACAGAUGCGCCUGGAGGUGGCCUGUCCCCCCCGGCCCAAAGAGAAGUCCAACCUGCUGAUCGUCCGCAGCGGGGUCCCCUGUCCCCCCGGGUCCCCUCCCGCCCCCCGGCGCCGCAGCCUCCACCAGAUGAUGUUCCACAAGAUCGACCCCCAGAACCUGACGCGGGGCGAGAGCCUGGGCCAGGGCUCCUUCACCCAGAUCUACAAAGGGAUCAAACGGGAGGAGGACGAGGAGGACGGACCCCGGCAGACCCCGGUGGUGCUCAAGGUCAUGGACAGCAGCCACCAGAACUGCCUGGAGUCCUUCCUGGAGGCCGCCAGCACCAUGAGCCAGCUGUCCCACAAGCACCUGGUGCUGCUGCACGGCGUCAGCCUCGGCAAGGACAGUGUGAUGGUGCAGGAGCACAUCCAGCACGGCCCCCUGGACCUGUACCUGCGCAGGAGCGGCGGCGCCGUGACCACGGGCUGGAAGCUGACAGUGGCCAAGCAGUUGGCCUACGCCCUCAACUACCUGGAGGACAAGAAAAUCCCACACGGGAACGUCUCUGCCAAGAAGGUGCUGCUGGCCCGGGAGGGGGACGGGGCCGGGGGCAGCCCCCCCUUCAUCAAACUCAACGACCCCGGGGUCAGCGUCACUGCCCUGGCCCCAGACAUGCUGGUGCAGCGGAUCCCGUGGGUGGCCCCCGAGUGUGUCAGCGAGCCCGGGAGCCUGGCGCUGCCGGCCGACAAGUGGGGCUUCGGAGCCACCCUCUGGGAGAUCUUCAGCGGGGGGAACAUGCCCCUGAGCCUGCUGGAGCCCCAGAGGAAGCUGGAGUUCUACCGCCGCCGCCGGCCCCUCCCCGCGCCGCGGUGGCCCGAGCUGGCCGCGCUGGUGGCGCAGUGCACGGAGUACGAGCCGCAGCGCCGGCCCUGCUUCCGCGCCCUCAUCCGCGACCUCAACAGCCUCAUCACCUCGGACUACGAGCUGCUGUCGGACCUGUCCCCCGCGGACGCGACGCUUCGGGACGGGAUUUGGGGACACGAUUCCCUCGCCAUCAGCCAGGACCCCGAGCACUUCCAGGAGCGGCACCUCAAGUACAUCUCGCUGCUGGGCAAGGGGAAUUUUGGGAGCGUGGAGCUGUGCCGCUACGACCCCCUGGGCGACAGCACGGGCGAGCUGGUGGCCGUGAAGAAGCUGCAGCAGGACUCGGCCAAGGAAAUUCGGGAUUUCGAGAGGGAGAUCCAAAUCCUGCACUCGCUGCAGCACGACUUCAUCGUCCGGUACCGCGGGGUUUGCUACAGCCGAGGAGUGCGCGGGCUGCGGCUGGUGAUGGAGUUCCUGCCCAACGGCUGCCUGCGGGAUUUCCUGCAGAAGAACCAGCCCCGCCUGGAGCACAGGACGCUGCUGCUCUACGCCUGGCAGAUCUGCAAGGGCAUGGAGUACCUGGGGGCGCGGCGCUGCGUGCACCGCGACCUGGCCAGCAGGAACAUCCUGGUGGAGAGCGACAGCCACGUCAAGAUCGGCGACUUCGGGCUGGCCAAGCUGCUGCCGCAGGACAAGGAUUACUACGUGGUGCGGGAGCCCGGCCAGAGCCCCGUGUUCUGGUACGCCCCGGAAUCCCUGGCUGACAACAUCUUCUCCUGCUCCUCCGACACCUGGAGCUUCGGGGUUCUCCUCUACGAGCUCUUCACCUACAGCUCCAAGAGCCGGAGCCCCUCGGAGGAAUUCCUGCGGAUGAUGGGCACCGGGAGGCCGGCCCAGAUCAUCUGCCAGCUGCUGGAGCUCCUCAAGGACAACCGGCGCCUCCCGGUGCCCGCCGGGUGUCCCUCGGAGGUGUACGCGUUGAUGUCGAGCUGCUGGAACUUCAGCCCCGCAGCCCGACCCACCUUCGGGGAGCUGGCCCCCAAAAUCGAGGCCCUGAGGAGCAAAAUUCGGGGCUAACCCCCCUAAAAUCCCACCGGGACCCCCCCCCCCAAAAUCCCACCGGGACCCCCCCAAAAUCCCAUCAGAAACCCCCCAAAAUCCCACCGGGACCCCCCCCCCACCAUAAAUCCCAUCAGGAUCCCCAAAAAAUCCCACCGGGAACCCUCCCAAAAUCCCAUCGGGACCCCCCCCCAAAAUCCCACCGGGACCCCCCCAAAAAAUCCCACCAGGACCCCCCCAAAAUCCCAUCAGGACCCCCCCAAAAAAUCCCACCGGGACCCCCCCAAAAUCCCAUCAGGAACCGCCCAAAAUCCCAUCAGGAACCCCCCCAAAAUCCCACCGGGACCCCCCCAAAAAAUCCCACCGGGACCCCCCAAAAUCCCAUCGGGACCCCCCCCGAAAAUCCCAUCAGGACCCCCCCAAAAUCCCAUCAGGAACCGCCCAAAAUCCCACCAGGACCCCCCCAAAAUCCCAUCGGGACCCCCCCAAAAUCCCACCAAGACCCCCCCAAAAUCCCAUCAGGAACCCCCCCAAAAAAUCCCACUGGGACCCCCCCAAAAUCCCACCGGGACCCCCCAAAAUCCCAUCGGGACCCCCCCUCCAAAAUCCCAUCAGGACCCCCCCAAAAUCCCACCGGGACCCCCCCAAAAAAUCCCACUGGGACCCCCCCAAAAUCCCACCGGGACCCCCCCAAAAUCCCAUCGGGACCCCCCAAAAUCCCAUCAGGACCCCCCCCCAAAAUCCCAUCAGGACCCCCCCAAAAUUUUUUCCCUUUUUUUUGUUUUCCUCCCUCCAUGGAAAAAUUCAACCUCAUUUUAUUAAAAUUUGCUAAAUUUUCCUUCCCUUCAACUUUUUCCCUUUUUUUUUCCCCUCCCUCCAUGGCAGAACUCAGCCUCAUUUUAGUAAAUUUUGGUAAAUUUUCCAUCCUUUCACCUUCUUUCU